CAGUUGCUUCGACUAGUGGAGUUCCCACCUUCUCUCCUCUGCCCGAAGGUGGGCAUCCCUCUCAGAUCUGCUUUCAAUGUUUUCAUCAGCGCACAUCUCUCUCUCUCUCCACGACUUGUGACAAAAUGAUGUCCCCUGGCUUAUUCCCUCUGGCAAUUUCCCCUUCUCGAUACUGAUCGCGCAAUUCCUCUCUCUCUCUCUCUCUCUCUCAAACAUGUUCUUUUUCCUGAAGAGUUUUCCAGAGAGAGGCUUUUCCACGUCCCAAUUCUCACCGAAAACCUUCCAUUCUCGCAAUUGAUUCAAUAAUCUUAGUGCUAUUCUCUCUAUCAGUGGGGACCAUGUAUUGGAACGGUAUUCAGAAUGGGCUGGCGGCAGCCAGACAUGCCUGGUCUCGAUUGCCGGAAUCCGAGUCGGGCACUACUGAUGAUAGAGAAAGGGAUGAAUUUUCUUCUCGCCAAUCCACCAGUGACUCGGUAGAGAGUCUUGACUAUGAAAUCAUUGAGAAUUAUGCGUACCGAGAAGAACAGGCGCAAAGAGGGAAGCUGUAUCUUAGUUAUUAUGUGGGGGUGAAGUGGUUGUUUUCCCUUCUCAUUGGGAUCGGCACAGGACUAGCUGCAGUUUUUAUCAAUCUAGCUGUUGAGAACUUCGCUGGUUGGAAGUUUGCAGCGACACUUUCUAUAAAUCAACAUUCAUACUUUGCGGGUUUCAUUGUUUAUGCAUUCUCCAACCUGGCUUUGGUCUUUUCUUCUGUUUUCAUUGUCACGCACUUUGCGCCGGCUGCUGCAGGUUCUGGUAUUCCUGAAAUUAAGGGAUACUUAAAUGGUAUUGAUACCCCUGGAAUUCUUCUUUUCAGAACACUAAUUGGGAAGAUAUUUGGAAGCAUUGGUUCGGUGGGAGGUGGUCUGGCUCUUGGCAAAGAAGGUCCUCUUGUCCACACAGGGGCUUGUAUUGCUUCUCUGCUUGGACAAGGUGGAUCCACUAAGUAUCAUAUUAGCUCAAGAUGGCUUCAAGUGUUCAAGACUGAUCGAGAUCGCCGUGAUCUUGUCACCUGUGGGUGCGCUGCUGGUGUUGCUGCUGCUUUUAGAGCUCCGGUCGGGGGGGUAUUGUUUGCUCUGGAGGAGGUCACAUCUUGGUGGAGGAGCCAACUUAUGUGGCGUGUCUUCUUUACAUCUGCUGUAGUAGCAGUUGUGGUGCGUUCUGCUAUGGGCUGGUGUAAAAAUGGGAACUGUGGCCAUUUUGGCUCUGGAGGCUUCAUAAUCUGGGACAUUUCCGGUGGGCAGGAAGACUAUUCCUUUAAGGAGUUGUUACCAAUGGCUGUUAUUGGUGUAAUUGGCGGCCUUCUUGGGGCUCUUUUUAAUCAGCUUACAUUAUAUAUAGCCUCUUGGCGUCGAAAUCAUUUACAUAAGAAAGGGACUCGAUUCAAGAUUAUUGAAGUAUGCUUGGUAUCUUUGAUUACAUCAGCUAUUUCAUUUGGUUUGCCAUUGUUAAGGAAAUGUAGUCCCUGCCCUGAUUCUGAAGCUAAUUCCAGUAUUGAGUGCCCUCGCAAGCCAGGGAUGUAUGGAAAUUAUGUAAAUUUUUAUUGUGUCAAGGAUAAGGAAUACAAUGACCUGGCUACAAUUUUUUUCAACACUCAGGAUGAUGCCAUACGCAAUUUAUUCAGUGCAAAAACUUUUCAUGAAUACAGUGCUCAAAGUCUUCUUACAUUUUUGGUUAUGUUUUAUUCUCUUGCAGUGGUGACAUAUGGAACCGCUGUACCAGCGGGCCAGUUUGUUCCUGGAAUAAUGAUAGGGUCAACCUAUGGACGCCUUGUUGGAAUGUUUGUGGUCAACUUUUACAAGAAGCUCAAUGUUGAGGAAGGAACGUAUGCUCUUCUUGGAGCAGCUUCUUUUCUUGGUGGUUCUAUGCGGAUGACAGUAUCCCUUUGCGUUAUUAUGGUUGAGAUCACAAAUAAUCUGAAACUUUUGCCACUUAUCAUGCUAGUUCUUCUAAUAUCAAAGGCUGUUGGUGAUAUUUUCAAUGAAGGGUUUUAUGAAGCACAAGCUCAUCUAAGGGGUAUCCCAUUACUUGAGUCCAGACCUAGGCAGUACAUGCGUAAAAUGACUGCAAAGGAGGCCUGCACGAAUCAAAAGGUUGUUUAUUUCCCUCGUAUCGUCAAAGUUGCCGACUUGGUUUCUGUCCUACGAAGCAACAAACACAAUGGCUUUCCAGUGAUAGAUCACUCACGGAGUGGAGAGACACUUGUCAUUGGACUCAUUCUUCGUAGUCAGGUGUUGGUACUCCUUCAGUCUAAGUUGGAUUUUCAGCACAACCCUUUGCCAUAUGAUACUAGAGGUUCUUUACCGAUCAGGCAUACAUCUAGUGAAUUUGUGAAACCUGUCUCCAGUAAAGGAAUUUCCAUAGAAGAUAUUCAUCUCAGUCAAGAAGACUUGGAAAUGUAUAUAGAUCUUGCCCCGUUUCUUAACCCCUCUCCUUAUCUUGUUCCAGAAGAUAUGUCUUUGGCGAAGGUAUACAAUCUUUUCCGACAAUUAGGAUUACGGCAUAUUUUUGUUGUUCCCCGGGCUUCUCGUGUUAUUGGAUUGAUCACAAGGAAAGACUUGUUAGAAGAGGACAGAGAAGAUUCGGCUACAAUGGAACUACAGUCAACCAGUGUAAGGGAUCAUCAUUCCAGUAAAAGAGUUUUUGGAAAAUCGAGUAUGGAGCAGCCGCUUCUUGAUAAUCUUCUGACCCAAGAAUAACCAUGAAGGUGGUCCCUCCCCAAUUCUAAGCAAUUCUUUUUCUAUUUUACUCCUCUAUUUCAUUUCUUUAUUUUACCCUCCAUCAGUGAUUAGCAGUAUAUAUGUGUAUGAGGCGCUCCACUUUUGUAAGGAGCGUUGUAUAUCUUUUGUCAUUGUAUCGUAGACCUUGAUAAUUGUGCGAGUAGUGUGACUGAAUAUAGCUACAGUGGGAAUCCACCUCCAAAUUUCACCGUCUUAAUAGUUCGAGAUGAGAAAUUGGUAAGGUUUGUUUCAUAUUGGGUCGGUUUUUGAUCGGUUCGCGGUUGACACUUGUGACAAUAUGUCUCAAGUUUGAUCUUUUCCACUGAACUGCCCAAAAGAAUGCAUUGUUUGUUUUUCGCAAUAUUUUUCUUCAGUUUCACAGUUAACAGUUACACCCCAUGGUUGGGGAUUCUCUGUAAUUUCCAAAAUACUUGUUUAAAGGAUGUGGAGGAUUGUUUGAAUAUUUGGAGAAAUGGCAAGUCUUGAGACUCUGAAAAAAAUGAAUGGCAAGUCUUGGAGCUUAAUUA